AACAUGUGUUUCAUACGUCUUGUUUGGGUUUGUUUUGAUCACAAAAUUCAUUGAGAAAUAUUCAAUUUUUGUGCAUUAUGCCUACGAGUUUUGAGAGAAUUCCCGACCAAAUUGGAUAUUUGGUGCUCACUGAAGAUGGGGCAGUGCUUGCAUCCGGAGGUGACCUGGAGAAUAACGAGGCAAAGGCCAAUAUUAUUACGGGGUUGGUGAAUCUCACGGAAAACAUCGAUCCAAAAGUCUUCCCGCAGAAUGGCUGCAAGAGGAUAUCAAUUGUCUACGAUGACUUCAGCUACACCAUUUGCCUGUCCAAUAAGAAGAUCUACGUUGUGAAGAGGCGCUUCUCGGCGGGAAAUUAACUAUUUUUUUUUUUUCAUGAAAAAUCCUAUCUAUUUACAAUUUAACUUUAUUACUGUAUAAAUUGCAAUUAUAUUUGUUUGUCGAAGAAUACAUUCUUUAUAUGUUGCUCACA